AUGGCUAGAACUAAACAAACUGCCCGUAAAUCAACUGGUGGUAAGGCUCCCAGAAAGCAACUUGCCACCAAAGCCGCUAGAAAGUCUGCUCCUACAACUGGUGGUGUAAAGAAGCCUCAUCGUUAUAAGCCUGGUACUGUCGCUCUUCGUGAAAUCCGUAGAUAUCAGAAAUCAACCGAGCUUUUGAUUCGUAAGCUUCCUUUCCAGCGUCUCGUCCGUGAGAUUGCUCAAGACUUCAAGACAGACUUGCGUUUCCAAUCCUCUGCUAUUGGUGCUUUGCAAGAAGCUGCGGAAGCUUAUCUUGUUUCACUCUUUGAAGAUACUAACCUUGCCGCUAUCCAUGCUAAGAGAGUUACCAUUCAACCCAAAGAUAUUCAAUUGGCUCGCCGUCUUCGUGGUGAACGCUCUUAA